UGCAAUCGAUGGCUCAGGUUGGCGGCGCGGGGAGCGGCCCGGGGCUUGCCGGCGUGCACGCCACGGAGCCAUGAACGACUUUGAGGAGUGCGGCCCGAGCGCAGCCAGCAUGUACCUGCCGGGCUGCGCCUACUAUGUGGCCCCGUCGGACUUCGCUAGCAAGCCGUCGUUCCUUUCACAACCGUCGUCCUGCCAGAUGACUUUCCCCUACUCUUCCAACCUGGCACCGCACGUCCAGCCCGUGCGCGAAGUGGCCUUCCGCGACUACGGCCUGGAGCGCGCCAAGUGGCCAUACCGUGGCGGCGGCGGUGGCGGCGGCGGCGCGGGGGGCGGUGGCGGCGGGGGCGGCCCUGGCGGGGGCGGCGGCACCGCUGGGGGCUACGCUCCCUACUACGCGGCGGCGGCGGCUGCAGCGGCUGCGGCGGCGGCGGCCGAGGAGGCAGCCAUGCAGCGCGAGUUGCUCCCGCCGGCGGGUCGCCGGCCAGACGUACUCUUCAAGGCGCCAGAGCCGGUGUGCGCAGCGCCCGGGCCACCACACGGCCCCGCGGGCGCCGCCUCCAACUUCUACAGCGCGGUGGGCCGCAAUGGCAUCCUGCCGCAGGGUUUCGAUCAGUUCUAUGAAGCGGCGCCCGGGCCCCCAUUCGCCGGACCGCAGCCCGCGCCACCGCCCGCGCCGCCACAACCCGAGGGUGCUUCUGACAAGGGUGACCCCAAGACCGGGACUGGUAGCGGCGGGGGCAGUCCCUGCGCCAAGGCGAUCCCCGGCUCGGAGCCCAAGGGGGCAGCGGAAGGUGGCAGCGGAGAUGGCGAGGGCCCCCCGGGGGAGGCGGGGGCCGAGAAGAGCGGCGGCGCAGUGGCCCCCCAGAGGUCCCGGAAAAAGCGCUGUCCCUACACCAAGUACCAGAUCCGCGAACUGGAACGCGAGUUUUUCUUUAACGUAUAUAUAAACAAAGAGAAAAGACUCCAACUCUCUCGGAUGCUCAACCUCACUGACCGGCAAGUCAAAAUCUGGUUCCAGAAUCGCAGGAUGAAAGAAAAGAAACUGAACAGAGACCGUCUGCAGUAUUUCACUGGAAACCCCUUAUUUUGAAAGCUGCAGGAAGCGCCCCCUCCCCAGAGCCCCACUGACCCACCCUCCUCCCCACCAGCCUGCCCUCCGCAGGCCCAAUGUCCUUGGGUUUAAUGACGCCUCUUCUCUGUGGAACUUCACGAUUACUUCCCACGGUCAACUCAAGACCUCCCAGCGACCACUGCAGCCUGCGGACCGGGGACUUGGCCGAGCGGAUCCUAAUAAGGGGAAAAUGGUAAAUGCAAACGUCCCUUUACAAUUUUACCGCCAAUGUGCUGUCGUUCCCCCUCCCCCUCUCAGAGUCCUCGCGGGGACCCAGCAGGAUCUGUAGGGAGUUAGGCCACAGGGCUAGAAGGCGCUGGCGUUUUGUUCUGAGAUUAAAUAAGAUAUCCCUUCCUUCCCCCUCCCUGAACGCAGAUUAUUUAAACUCUGGGAACUGUACCUUUGGUCUGUCAUAUCAAGGCAUGAGUCACUGUCUUUUUGUGUGUGAAUAAAUGGUUUCUAGUAAAAUUGAGGUCACAGCUUCAAUACACUGUAUGAAUUUUCCUCUUCGAAGAAGUUUAGUGACUGAUUAGGAUAUUGUAGUGGCCAGAACCCUUCUCUGAAAAUCGAGUGAAAUACUUUUUUAGUCUCUAAAAAUAGGAGUUGUUCCCUCCCAUCUCUGGGAACACUGUUUUUAAAAAUCAUGUUAGUGAUGAAUUUCUAAAAAGAUGUGACCCAGCCAUGCUGGUGCUGUCCUCUUU